AUGCUGACGUAUCCACCGGAUGUUCUCUACCCAUUACACUUCUUCAUCCCAAAAGAGUUUCUUGGAAGUGAAAUUCCAGAGGAGGAUAUGACUAAAAUGAAACAGGACGUUGUGUUGAAAGGACUCGGAGGGCUCACAAUGAUUCCGUUUGUAAUAUUUACAUGUGUUAGUGGAGUAAUGGUUUGUGUCAAGAAUACCAAUUUCUAUGCAAUUUUCGCAAUGAUUAGUUUUGGAGUAAGUGUUGGAUUUUUGGGAUACAAUGGAUAUGUUCUCUUCUAUGAAAAACUGAAGUAUGUGUGGCCUCCGUUUGUACUAAAGGAAGUUCAAUCGCCAGUGCCACCGGGAAUGCCAAUUACAGCAGAAGAUAUGGUAGUUUAUUUUACAAAAGUUCAAAUCAGCGCCAUUACGUUUGCAAUGUUCGCUGUCGUUUCCAUUCUUGUCUAUUGUUCAUUCAUUCUUGCUAAUUUGAGCUUCCUGUAUAAAGCACCUCAACCUCUUCCACGACCUCGUCGUCGUGCACCCAUGAGACGUCAUGAAGAAGAAGAUGUUGAUGAAACUGAUGGGGAUGAUAAUGAGAAAGAAGAAAAAGAAGAAAAAGACAAAAACGAAAAAAGUAAAAGGAAGAAAAAAGAAGAGAAACCUAAUGAUAAAGCUCGAAGUGAAAAAGGGACUGGAGCUGGAACGGAACCUGGCACUGGGACAGGCACCGGGACUGGAGCAGACUAA